UGACGUAACAAGAAUAGAGAGAAAAAAACGUGCGCCGUUUGCGACAGCGACGGUAUUCUUUUCACUUUGUAUACCGCCUUGUGAGCGAACGGGCGCGCUUGUGAAACAGAACGCGCAGGUCGUUCGGCAUUCCAGCGAACAGAUUCGCCCUGAACGGGACCUAGGUACUUACUCUUCCCCCUCUCUUAGAGAAAUGGCAUGGAAUUAUCAGCUGUCUUCGCUUUCAACUGAUAGUGGGCGAGGUUAUUCAAUUGCUUACAUUAACUGAAAGAGGAAAAAAAAAAGAACAAAACUUCGAAUGUUGCCCCACAUGAAAUAUCGUUUUCUUCCCAAGUUCGAUCAACUGACAACGAGGGAUUUAGUUUUGAAAGAAAUCACCUAGAUUAGAAAUGGUGAUAUUAUAAGAAUAACUUAAUCGCGAACGCUUGAUUUUUAUAGAAGUGAUGAAAAGUUUUCUCGAACACGCAACAAGUUGUUGGAUUGUUUAUCCCAGCCGUAUUUCAGCGGUGUUAUCAGCUAAGAUCGCCAAAUGUUUCUCAAGAGUUGACGGUUUAAGAUAGAUAAAUAACUCACUUAGUGUUUAGAAAUGCUGAAUGACGGAGAGAGAUAUCUCAUACGGCAUUCAGCAAUGAUUGCUUAUGAUUAUUCAGUCGCUGGGAAUUUCUAGGCUGAUUUUUAUUUUAUGUUUGGAAUAAUAAUUUAUUUAAAUUAACUCUUGAAUGUUCCUUGCUUGUUGGAAAUUGCUGAAUGGUGUUCAUUGGAUUUGUUGUUUUUAUUCGUGAAGCCGAUAAUUAUCAGUAUUUUUUAUUUAAAAAAAGUGAAAAAUUAUUUUGUGCCAAUAGAUUGAUGAUUAAAAUCCAGUGACUACGGAUUUAUGUUUAAAAAUAAUGUGACUGACUGAAAAUAUUGUAUGCCAACGACAUGAUAUUCGAAAAAUAUCAUUAAAAUAGAUGUAUGACUGAAAAUAUUGUAUGCCAACGAAUGAUAUUCGAAAAAUAUCAUUACUAUGACUGAAAAUAUUGUGUGUUUACUGAUUGAUGUUUGAAAAUACUAUUAUGAUUGAUUGAUAGCGAAAAAUAUUGCAUCUCUGCCGGUUGAUGUUUGAAAAUAAUAUGAUAUUUGAUUGAUGAUCGGAAUAUUUUAUUGGCGUUUUGUUUUUAUGAGAAUAGACGUAUCAAGAUUUUUAUGCAUGUUGGAAUAAAAGACAUUUAUUGUUUUAAAACAUAUCUUUGAACGAAGCACAUAAUUUGCUAGUUUUGUCAUUUUUAGUGUUUUUGAGAAAAACAAAAUUAUAAAUCAUAUUAUUUGAAAGUUAUUGAAAUAUUUUUUAUUUAUUUUAUCAGUAACAAAAUAUUGUGAUAUCAAACUAGUUGAAUCUUUUAAAUGUUAUAAUCCACCCCGUGAUAUUGUGAGAAGAAAAAAAAAUAUUGGAAACAAAUUUUAAGUGUCGUUUAUAUAAAUGUUUGCUCGUUAUUUAUGUUUUCACACGAUGCAAAACAGUGAAAAUGACUGAAAUUAGAAUAACAUCACUCUGCAUUCUAUUUUCAUUACGACAGACAAUCAAUCAUGACAGGUUUAGUAUGAAUUUUUCUCAAUGAGUCUUAUUUCAAGUUCCCUGAUGAAAAUAGUCUUGGUUUAUCUAGUCUAUGUUUUGACGUUUAGCAAAGUGUAUGCCAGUGGCCAUAUCAACUUAACUGUUGGCUACCUGGCUAACAUGCAUGGGAAGCCACGACAAGGUAUCAUUAUCAGUGGUGCCAUGACAUAUGCAGUGAAACAAGUGAAUGAGCGGAAGAUAUUGCCCGAUAAUUAUACCUUGGAGUUCAUAUAUGAGGACACUAGGGGUGAAACACUUUUGGGUACGAACGCCGUUAUUAACAUGUGGCGCAAAGGUGUUGUUGCCUUUUUUGGACCAGAAAAUUCAUGUGAAGUGGAAGCGACCGUAUCAGCUUCCGUGAAUCUGCCUAUGAUAUCGUAUAAAUGUGCAGAUGCAGCAGAUAAGGAUGACAUUGCGAACAAAGAUUAUAGAUAUCAUUUUGCCAGAACUUAUCCUCCUAACACGAAGGUAGUUAGCUCUGUAUUUGAGCUCCUCAGGUAUUACAAAUGGUAUAAAUUUUCCAUAAUCUAUGAAAAGUCUGAAAUCUAUGAGACUGUCUACCACAGUUUGGAGAAAAAUAUUGAAGAACCCUUCGUCAUCAACCAUGAAGUAGGUUUUCGUAAUUCGAGGAUCUGUUGCUUCACUGGAGAUCGAAGUUGUUGUGUCAAUCCUUUUGUCAAAGUAGUUCAGAACACAACUGCAAGCACGAGAAUUUAUUUAUUUCUGGGAGAUACAACUGACCUUGGUCAGCUGCUAACUGCUCUGCAAAUGCGAGGUCAUCUUGCUACAGGAAAAUAUAUGGUAAUUUAUGUUGACAUGGAGACGUACUCAGAAGAAGACUCGGCCAAGUACUUCAGACAACAUGAAAAAGGUUACGAAGUGGUGAUGAUGGCUGCUCAAUCUCUUCUCGUCCUCGUUACUACUCCACCUAGAGGAGACAACUACACGGAAUUCGAGAACAAAGUCAGAGUGUAUAAUGGUGAAGAACCUUUCAAAUCUUCCAUUUCUACACUUUUUCCUAAUCGUUCACUUGUAAUUACUCCAUAUGCCUCGUAUCUUUAUGAUGCUGUAACCCUCUACGCGGAUGCAUUAGCCAAAGCCUUGAGAAAUAAAACUGAUCCUAUGAACGGACGGGAAAUCAUGCGAAUAUUUAGAGAACGUACUCAAUAUACAAGUGUGACGGGGGCAAUUAUGCGGAUUGACAAAGAUGGAGGAUCCGAGGGAAACUACACAGUUCUUGCCUGGACACCUACUCCCUCUGACCUAAAAUUGAAGGCUUAUUCCGGCCAUCCUGAUCCACCCUAUUGUAUGUUGCCCGUUGGCCGCUUCUACGCCACUGACUCUGGAGAAUUGAGGUUUUCCUUAGAAAGAGAUAUAUUCUGGGUGAUACGUGAUAAACCACCUGUUGACGAACCCCCUUGUGGAUUCGAUGGCAGUGGAUGCACGGCAAGUCCAGAUAGAGUCAAAGAAUACAUACUCUUAUCACUAACAACAACACUUAUAACCAUUUCCCUUUUUGUAUACAUACUAUACAAAAAUUGGAAGUAUGAACAGGAGAUCGAUGGUUUGUUAUGGAAAUUGGAAAGAUCUGAGAUCCAGAGGUAUGGCCAAGAUGGACUAGGAAUGAUACAUUAUAGCAGCCGGAUGAGCUUAACUAGUCACAUGUCAACAGAAUCAAAAAUCAUUGAACAGAUUUUUACUAAGACAGCCGUAUAUAAAGGACAGAUUAUUGCAUACAAACCACUGCGCUUCUCCAAGAAAAUUGCAGAUAUCCCCAGACAGGUUAAAAAGGAAAUGAAAUUGAUGAGAGAAAUGCACCACGAUAACAUCAAUCAAUUCAUUGGUGCUUGCGUAGAAGAAAACUGUAUUGAAAUAAUUACAGAAUAUUGUUCCAAAGGAAGUUUGCAAGAUAUCUUGGAAAAUGAUGACAUGAAACUAGAUAACAUGUUUAUUGCAUCUUUAGUUUUUGAUUUAUUAAAAGGCAUGACUUUCUUGUGCGAAAGUGACAUUAAAUUUCACGGCAAUUUGAAGUCUUCCAACUGCGUUGUCACGAGUCGAUGGGUUUUGCAAGUAACUGAUUUUGGUCUACAUGAACUAAGGAGUACGGCUGAAACGACAGGGUCUGUUGCUGAACACCAAUAUUAUAGAAAUCUUUUAUGGAAAGCACCAGAACUUUUGCGAUUUCCCACGGAGAACCGUUAUGGCAGUCCUAAAUCAGACGUUUAUGCUUUUGGCAUCAUUCUGCAUGAAAUAAUAGCGAGGCAAGGUCCAUUUGGAAGCACCGAUUUAACUCCUAGAGAGAUCAUCUCGAAAGUAAAACGUGAACCUAAAGGUGAUGAAGAACCCUUCAGACCACCCCUCCAAGAUGUGCAGUGUCAGGACUAUGUAGUGAAUGCCAUGAAAGACGCAUGGGACGAGAGGCCUGAAAAUAGACCCGACUUUCAUCAUCUAAAGGAGAGGCUCAGAAAAAUGAGAGAGGGCAUGAAAUCAAAUAUUAUGGAUAAUAUGAUGUCUAUGAUGGAAAAGUAUGCUUAUAAUUUAGAGGAGUUGGUUGAAGAACGGACCGUAGCUCUGGUGGAAGAGAAGAAGAAAACAGAAGCUCUCUUGCAUAGAAUGUUACCAAAAUCUGUUGCAACUCAGCUAUUGAGGGGAGAGGCUGUAUUACCAGAAUCGUUCGAUGCUGUGACGAUAUAUUUUAGUGAUAUUGUAGGUUUUACUGCAAUGUCCGCAACUAGUACUCCGAUGGAGGUAAGUCAAAUGGAUACUAAAAAUAUUAGAACAUUAUUUUGUGUCAUUAGAACAUUUAUUUUGCAUUAUUUUGACGUCUACAAAGUGGAGACGAUUGGUGAUGCCUAUAUGGUUGUAAGCGGAUUGCCUAUCAGAAAUGGUGACAUGCACGCAGGCCAGAUUGCUUUUAUGGCCUUAGAGCUAUUAGAAUCCAUACGCGCAUUUAAAAUAAGACAUAAACAAAAUGAUACAUUGAAGUUGAGAAUUGGUAUUCACACGGGCCCUGUUUGUGCCGGAGUUGUUGGCUUAACCAUGCCAAGAUACUGUUUAUUUGGUGAUGCUGUUAAUACAGCAUCAAGGAUGGAAUCCAAUGGCCAAGCCCUCAAAAUUCAUAUCAGCCCUCAAUGUAAAGAGUAUCUUGACAAGUUGGGUGGUUACCAAACAACUGAGCGAGGGUUGGUAAACAUGAAAGGCAAGGGUGAGAUUUUAACAUAUUGGCUGGAAGGUCACGUUAAAGGACCAAAGAAACGAACCAACUCUGCCGCGGAAUCUGUCCUGCCACUCUUCAACGUCACCAGGGAAGAAAAUGCAAAAAGACUGAGCCCCAAACUUGCUGAUCCCACAAGACGAGGGUCUAUGGCUAGUCGCAGGAACAGUUCAUUUGUCAACAAUUCAGAAGAACCUCCUACUUCACCCGGUGGCGUCCCCGUUUUCUUAAGGCUGUCAUCCACUGAGAGCCCUAGAUCUCCAAAACGCAUCCACUCAUUCGGCAGAGGAGAUCCGGCAAAACUGCUCAAGAUCCACACACCAAGCAACAGCAGCUGGUACGGCAACGCUUCAGCCAGCAGUUGUGGAGAUCUACAAAAAAUCGGCACCAUUGUCGUGACACCAGAAGUCGAACUCGGCCCUGUCCCUAAAGGCAUCCGCAGUAAGCCGAAACUCGAGAGCAUUGGCUCAGAAGACUGUGAUGUGUGCGGACCUGAACAGACAUGCAACGCGUGCAACAAAACGGCCGAAUCGAAUAAAAAGAACGGGAUGCUCAAUUUAGACGAGUCGAUGCGUCCUCUGUUAAGUCAUUCCAAAGAUGGGAAGGUGGGUCUGCUUCUGAGUACUUCAGAAAAAUCGUCGUCGUUUCUGAAGCCACCUGUUUUGAGAAUACCAUCUAAAAAAUGGAGGUCGUGCGAUGAAAUUAUUUUACCAAAAAACUCAAAGAACUCAUUGAAAGAAUUCUUCACUGGGCUUUUGGGAAACAAAACCCACGAGUCUGAGUUUAAGAGAGCAAAUAACUUUUCCCUGGCUGUUGAGAAGGAGGAAAGUUUGGUAUAACAUUAUGUCAUUUAAAUGUGAUGAUGUGCGUUUUUUAGACACCUUUCUUCGACUGCCAUAAUAGGAAGAUUUCGCAAAUUUAUGCUAGCUCCCGUACGUUAGUUUUUAAGUAACUGCGCAUGCCUCAAUUCUGAUGAACUGUGCAUGCGCCCGUGAAAAAAUACCAAUCUUAUGUAAAAGGAAAUAUGAGAUUUUGCAAAAAUCCAUAAGUUAUAAAAGCUAACGCAGUGGAGUAUUUUAACUUUGACUAAGAAAUCAAAACAAGAAUUUACAAUGGACGUAGAUAAUCUCUUCGUCCAACUAAUUGUUGUAAUAUCAUAUCACACUAUUCAUUUCUAAGUUUCAUCAAUAUAUUUAUUCAAAUUCGCAUUCCAUAUCCACGUUUUAAGCUCUAGGGUAAGCUAUAAACAGCGCGCUUGUAGCUUUGUCUCUGUAGCGUUAAUCACUCCAACGUAACUUAAAGAUAAGUAGCAUCUGAAAUGAACGCGAGCACAUGCGCAGUUGAGUCAAAUCUUAUGUACGAGGGCGUGCGGUCACUAACGUAAAAGUGCGAAAUCUCCCUAAUAUUAUUUUACGGACGCAUUGAUGUACUGUGCUUACUUAGUUAUAAUCAAUUGCUCAAAUUAUUUUCAGGAUAUGGACUGAAAAACACUUUUAUUUCAACGAUCUUUAGAGUACGGAAAGGUUGUAUAGGGUGAAGAAAUAAAACUAGAAUUUUCGAUGCAAGAAAAAAAAAUUGAAAUUUAAAUUCUAACGCAGCCUAUGUAUAUUUAUAUUUUAUUUUUUGUCUGUCGGUCCGUUCUCUUUUCGCAUAUGCCAACUUUAUAGCAUGGAUAAUGUUAAAUCCGAAACUGCUCUUUAACACAUUCUACAGAACUUACAUAUGCAAUAAAAUAAGUACAAACAACCACCUCUCCGUGAUUGCAAUGCGUGAAUGUUUCUUUUUUUCUUAAUUUAAUUGCUUCUAUUUCGUUAGUUAAUUCACUAUUCGAAUACAGUUUGUGAACAAUAAUGUUUUGUUAAGCUUUCUGCUACUUUCAAAAUUACCCCAAAAAUGAGUAAAUUUUAAUUUUAAAAAAAGUAAACAAUUUUUUAGUUUUUAUUUUCAUUCUUUUUGUUUAAAUGUUUCUUUUCGUUGCACCAUAUACUAAAGGGAAAUAAGUGCUUUAAUAUUGGUUUGUGAUUUGUUUUGCGCAUUCUUUAAAGGAUUAAUGACUGCUAUUUGAGGCUGAUAUAUAAGUAGGUAUUUAUUUACGUCGCACUAGAGCUGCACAAUGGGCUAUUGGCAACGGUUUGGGAUAUAUCCCCGAGGAUGAUCCGAAGACAUGUCUUCGCAAUUUUGAGUCUCCUCUUUGGUAGCUCGACUACCUGCCUUCGAAGUCGAGCACUUUACGAUAGAACUGUUUAACGAGGACCGAUGCCGCGUACUCUCGGUCCCUACCUGCUUACUGACAGCAGCUAGUAGUGCUUGACUUCGGUGAUCUACUGGGAACCGUGUCUUUACCAUCAGUCCACUGAGGGACCUACUGAGGGUCCUGAAACGCAUCUUAAACAGGUUUUUGUUUAAUUUCAAUUUUAUUUUUUGUGUAAUUUUAUUUCUCAUUACUUUAUACAACUUUUCUCGUGCGAAAAAAGUAAAAAUUUUUCCUGUCGAAUUGAAUUUUUUUUUUUACGUAUUUUUUCUUUAUUUUAAUACAUUCGAUAAACCUUUAGAAAUUGCAGAUUUUUGUUAUUUUGGAAAUUGUCUGACUGAAUUUCAAUUAAUUUAUUCUUCAUCAAAAUUGCAAAAAAAAAUAAGUGUUUUUCGGUCCAAUUAAUUAAGCAUUAGUAAGUAUUUAUAAUAUGUGGUGUAUUAUUACAGAAAGAAUACACGGCAGCUAAGGUAUAAAAGCAUGAAAAAAAAUCAGCUCUCUUUUUUAAAUUAAGUGAUAAAUAAUGGCAGUAAUAUAUUUUUUCCAAAUAUUAAAGUUUUGUAAACAAAUUUUGUUUUAACUAUUUUAGAAGAUUAAUAAAAAAGUGAAACUAUUUUUCUAACUCGAAAUUUAUUAAAUCUCAAAUGGAAACCAAUUUAAGGUAAACACAAAAGGGAAAUAUGCAACUAUAUUUAGACAUCUAUGCAACAUUGUGUUUUUCUUACACCUUCUAAACCAUUUUUUUUUUAAAAAUUUCGUCUUUAAAAUUUUUUAAAAUGUUCUAGUCAUUAGUAACAAAGUUUUAAACGAACAGAUUACUUCAAAGUUUUAAACAAACAUAAGUUACUUCAAUAGUUUAAAUAUACGAAAUGUUUAUAUAAGUUACUUUACAUAAACCUUUCAUAUUUGUUAGAGAGAAGAACAAGCUUAGAGAAUAAAAAAACUUUAUUUUGCAAAAGAGUUGUAUUUUCUAAUACGCAAUAAAUAUCAAUAUCAUUAUUCUAGUGCAUGCGUUGCUGUUAAAUUUUUUUUAAAGGCAGAUUGAAUUUUACACACCAUUAUAUAAAACGUUAUUAAAAAAAUAUUAUUUGUAUCCGUAUUUCCAUGAGACUACAUUAUAUUACCUGGGGAUUUUUACAUUUGUUAUUUUAUUAAAACAAACAUUUUACAACUGUAACUGUUAAAGUAGAAGUAAAGUAAAUUAAAUUUAUAGUUUUUUGUUGAAACUGUAUUUUAUGUCCUUCUAUUCACUUUUUCGUUUUAUUUUUAAUGUAAAAAAUACUCUUUAAUAAUCUGGGAAAUGCAUUUAUAAUUAUAUUUUUCACUCAAUUUUACGGGAAAAUGUAAGGAAAAUCCAAUUGUAUUUUUUGAAAAUUAUUGAUUUUGUGAUAAUGAUACAGAAAAUAGAACAAUUUAAGUCUGAUGUAUCGUAUUGAUCACCUUUACUAUUUUUUUUUAGAA